CGGAGGCGUUGCGGCGGCCAUCCGGGCGGCGGCGAGGGGAGCAGUGACGGCCAGCGGACGCCGGCGACGAUGCCGUUUCCAGUUUCGACCCAGGGAUCACAACAGAUUCAAGCGCCACAGAAACAUUAUGGCAUUACCUCACCUAUCAGUUUAGCAGCCCCCAAGGAGACUGACUGCAUCCUUACACAGAAGCUUAUUGAAACCCUGAAGCCCUUUGGGGUUUUUGAAGAGGAAGAGGAACUACAGCGCAGGAUUUUAAUUUUGGGAAAAUUAAAUAACCUGGUGAAGGAGUGGAUACGGGAAAUCAGUGAAAGCAAGAAUCUUCCUCAGUCUGUAAUCGAAAAUGUUGGAGGAAAAAUUUUCACAUUUGGGUCCUACAGAUUAGGAGUACAUACGAAAGGUGCUGAUAUUGACGCAUUGUGUGUUGCUCCAAGACACGUUGACCGAAGUGACUUUUUCACCUCAUUCUAUGAAAAAUUGAAACUUCAGGAAGAAGUAAAGGACCUACGGGCAGUGGAAGAGGCAUUCGUACCCGUUAUCAAACUGUGUUUUGAUGGAAUAGAGAUUGAUAUUUUGUUUGCAAGAUUAGCCCUGCAAACUAUUCCUGAAGAUUUGGACCUCCGAGAUGACAGUCUUCUUAAAAAUUUAGAUAUUAGAUGCAUAAGAAGUCUUAAUGGUUGCAGGGUAACUGAUGAGAUUCUACAUCUAGUACCAAACAUUGACAACUUCAGGUUAACACUGAGAGCUAUCAAACUGUGGGCCAAACGCCACAACAUCUAUUCCAAUAUACUAGGUUUCCUCGGUGGUGUUUCCUGGGCUAUGUUAGUAGCAAGAACUUGCCAGCUUUAUCCAAAUGCAAUAGCAUCAACUCUUGUACAUAAAUUUUUCUUGGUAUUUUCUAAAUGGGAAUGGCCAAAUCCAGUGCUAUUGAAACAGCCCGAAGAAUGCAAUCUUAAUUUGCCUGUAUGGGACCCAAGGGUAAACCCCAGUGAUAGGUACCAUCUUAUGCCUAUAAUAACACCAGCAUACCCACAGCAGAACUCUACCUACAAUGUGUCCGUUUCUACACGGAUGGUCAUGGUUGAGGAGUUUAAACAAGGUCUUGCUAUCACAGAUGAAAUUUUGCUGAGUAAGGCAGAGUGGUCCAAACUAUUUGAAGCUCCAAACUUCUUUCAAAAGUACAAGCAUUAUAUUGUACUUCUAGCAAGUGCACCAACCGAAAAACAGCGACUAGAAUGGGUGGGCUUGGUGGAAUCAAAAAUUCGUAUUCUGGUGGGAAGCCUGGAGAAGAACGAAUUUAUUACACUGGCUCAUGUGAACCCCCAGUCGUUCCCAGCACCCAAGGAAAAUCCGGACAAGGAAGAAUUUCGAACAAUGUGGGUGAUUGGGCUAGUGUUUAAGAAAACAGAAAAUUCUGAAAAUCUGAGUGUUGACCUCACCUACGAUAUUCAGUCUUUUACUGAUACAGUUUAUAGGCAAGCAAUAAACAGCAAGAUGUUUGAGAUGGAUAUGAAAAUCGCUGCAAUGCAUGUAAAAAGAAAGCAACUCCAUCAGCUGCUACCUAAUCACGUGCUUCAGAAAAAGAAAAAGCAUUCGAUGGAAGGGGUCAGAUUAACCGCUCUGAAUGACAGCAGCCUAGAUUUAUCAAUGGACAGUGAUAACAGCAUGUCUGUGCCUUCUCCUACCAGUGCUAUGAAGACGAGUCCAUUGAACAGUUCGGGCAGCUCUCAGGGCAGAAACAGUCCUGCUCCAGCUGUAACAGCAGCAUCCGUGACCAACAUCCCGGCUUCUGAAGUUUCUGUGCCACAAAUAAAUUCCAUUGAAAGCUCAGGGGGUUCUUCAAGUGAAAGCAUUCCUCAAACUGCCACACAGCCAGCCAUUUCUCCACCACCAAAGCCUACGGUCUCCAGAGUUGUUUCCUCAACACGUCUGGUAAACCAACCACCUAGACCUUCAGGAAACACAGCAACAAAAAUACCUAGUCCGAUUGUUGGAGUCAAGAGGACAUCCUCUCCUAAUAAAGAAGAGAGCCCCAAGAAAACCAAAACAGAAGAGGAUGAAACAAGUGAAGAUGCAAACUGUCUUGAGUUGAGUGAACAAGAUAAGACUGAAACUAAGGAACAACCUGACACAGAAACAAGUACAACACAAUCAGAAACUGUUCAGACAGCAGCUCCUCUGCUGGCUUCUCAGAAAACAUCCAGUACAGACCUUUCAGAUAUCCCUGCUCUCCCUGCAAAUCCUAUUCCUGUUAUCAAGAAUUCAAUAAAACUGAGAUUGAACCGGUAAAAACCAACCUCAGGGGUCCAUAAACAAUAUCUGCCAACUCAACCUGUGGUCUUCUAAUGCUCAAAAGGAGAAUGGAGGGUGCAAGACUAGAAUAUGACUGAAAACGGAUUUGGAUUUAUUUUGUGAAACCUCCCUUACUGGGCUAAUCAGCACUUGAUCGGAAGGCCAGGUUAGUAUGUGAAGCCAGGAGUACUAUUAUUAAUGUGUUAGCAACAGUUGCAUUAACUAUUUCAAAGGAUUACUGCCUUUUAAAAAAAAAAAUAAAUAAAAUGAAAAAAACCCACCUCAAGCUAUAUUUGUAUCCAUAUUUGACAUCUGGAUUGGAUUUAUGUUUGCUGCAUUGUUUGAAAAAUUUGCAAUACAAACUGGCAUAAAAAUUCCUUAUACUGAUGAUGCACUUUUAUGUAUUUUUUUUUUUAUUAGGAAGUAGGACUAAUUUUAGAUCUUCAGCUUGAUGGAUUUUUAUUUUCCUCAAGAGUUUCUUCAAUGUUAGUUGCAAAUUGGAUAGCAUUGUACAAUGGAUGUCCCGUUGUACCGCCCAAGACAGAGGAUGGGGAACAUCUAGUUCAGUCCCUAUAAAGUGGCCAUCACCCCUUAAAUUGAAUUGGCAAGUCUUAGGGAACGUGUCAUGUGGACAGAAUAAAUUGGAAGCAUUUGGUUUCGAUGGGACGCGAUUUCAAGAAACGGUGUGUAACGUUUUAUUUAUAGGGUUCUUUUAUAGUGCAUACAAAUCAGCGACUAAACAGCAAAUAUACAUUUGUUUGGGGCUCUUGGAGCUCCUCCAUCUUCCUCUCUUGCCUUCGGUCUUGUCCCGUGACCAAAACAGUUUACGCGUUAAAUUUUUGCGGCACGAAGUAUGACCAGUGUCACCAAAACUAAAACGCCAGGAUUUUCUCAAGAUGUGAUGCAACACAAACCAUCCUGUGGGCACCUGGCACAAAACACACUCUAUUUUCGAUCUGGUGACUGCCACUGUAGGGUGAGUAAGUGAUGCUGGAAAAGCAAAGUUUAUCUUGCAGUGGCCACUGGCUCGCUAAAAUGUGAAAAGUUUUCUACACUCCACAGAAAUCCCGUCUGUAGUCAAGGAAACGUUUCAAGUUUUAAACAGGCAAGAACUAUUUUCUCCAAGGAUUUUAAGCUAAUUUUUAUUUUUAGAUGGCUCACCAAAACUUGUCAGCAAAUUUUACAUACGAAAACAUCCUUUUAAAACAUUUCUAGCAAGCACUUGACAUCAGCUCUCUUUACUCCUUUUUUGUUUUUGGUCUAUGGUCCUAUCAAAAAGAUUAGAAACUUGUUUCAUUAAAGGAAUGACAAAAUCCCUCCUAAACAAGCCAGGGAACAUCAGGUGAGGGAUACCAGGUGUAGAUAACAAACUUCCUUACUUACUAUUUACUUAGUCUUGAAAAAACUUCCCAGAUUUUCCGAUUAGCAUGUUUUAUGACUCUUCUCCCAUUGUGCUCCAUCUUAUUACAUGUGCAUUCUUCAUGUUAAACUGAAAUUACUUACACUCUUCCCCUGUCCUUCUAAAUUAAUUUUCCAAAGUUGGAGUGUAGUUUUUUGUUUUUUUUUCCCCUUAGGCUAUGCAGUAAUGAGGCUUUUUUUUUUUUUUUGGCCAUUUCUUUCAGAUGUCUAGUAGACAAUAUUUCUAUUUCCCUUAUCCCAUGCCUUGUGCAGCCACCUUGGCACCCUGCUUCCUCUUCUUCCUCCCCUCCCAUUCUUUCCCAUCCCCCCCAGAAAAGAUGAUUAUACUAACAGUUGAAGUGUACAAGGUGUCUGUGUAUUUUGUGUAGCUAUGGAGUUUAGAUUGAAAUUGCCAGGCACAAAUUUAGUCUUGUCAUUUUGUUUACACAUUGGGGAAAAAAAAAAUUUCAGUUUAUUUAACGUUUCACGUAACUGCACCCAAGUUUUGCCAAGCUGGAAACUUGGAUUUUUUUUUUUUUUUCCUGUGUAGUGACUUUUUAAUUCAAGUUUUCAUAACCUGGAGAUCAGACUGUUGCUUUCGCAUGAUGUAUGUAGUGUCUCAUGACUGGAGUUUGCUUUGUUUUAUAGUAUCUGUACUCCUUGUAUUUUUCAAGAGCUAUUUUGUAAACAGAUGAUGUAUUUCUCCAUUGAAAACACAAUAAAAAACAGCACAAUCCCAAA